AUGGACGAAAGCACGCUCUACAACGACUCGAAGCACAACCUGCUGAAUUUCACGGGCCCAUCCUCGGCCGGCGUGUCGCCGUUGGAACAGGAGGUCCUGGACGAAUAUGAGAGGUUGUCGAGGAACAUGAAGGAGGUGAGUUUCUCCCAUCACGUCUUCCAACCUGUGUUUUUCUUUCUGCAAGCCCCCUGCCCCUUUAGAUGCCUUGAGCGGGAAGAGCAGAAACGGGGAGGACGAAAAUACCUUCCCAGACGGAUGGGAUGGCGAGAAGAGGAGACCAACAAGAAAGAAAGACACUUCGCGAAGGUGGAUACAGGUGUCCUUCCGUCGUCAAUACCAGAGAGAUUAUCUGACCACGCAUAUGUCUCUGAGCAGCUCUCAUCCACACUCACCGACCUCUCCAGCGGCCCCAUCACGCUCGAAAUCGCAGAGGGUCUUCGGCUGCUCGAACGGAAAGUCGCGAGCGUGUACACGCUGAUGAAGGCUAGUGUGUAUAGCAUCGUGCUGCAGCAGGGACAGCUCGAGGGGAUGGACGAAGGCGUAGGAGAAAGAAUGGACGACGGAGGAGGAGAGGCUGGCGAAUAG